ACUGGACCAUAAGACUCGAAAAAUCACCCUAUCCGUGUUCACGGCUGGGAGAAGAAUCAAUGGCAGCUAAGAUGCUGUUAUCACCACACAUCCCAUUAGUUACCAAAUUCGACGCCGGAGGCUUCACCCACUGCCACCGCCACCAAGUCCACCCAUGGCUAGGAUGCGAGCAACCCCUACCGAGGUCAAAGAAGCUUCAAUUCCAUGCCUCACUUCACGAUCCUGUCUCUUCAUCUUCCGCUAUCUUGGACUUCAUCGCCCACCAAAACCAGCAAAACCCUUAUUCUCUUGUUUUACUCACAGACAGUGUCGGUUAUUCACUGGCCAGUUACUAUACUUCUCUGGGUCUCUUUGUCAUCUCUGUGCCGGGCCUCUGGUCCCUCAUCAAACGUUCUGUCAAGUCCAAAAUUGUGAAGAAGACUUUUAUAGGCGACGGUGAGAAGAAGGCGCCAAAUCAGGUUGCAGGGGAGAUCUUAUCAUUCUUCACGCGUAAUAAUUUCGCGGUGACUGAUAGAGGAGAAGCCAUCACGUUUGAAGGAAUGAUGGUUCCCAGCAGGGGCCAAGCAGCACUUUUAAGUUUCUGCACCUGCAUCAGCUUGGCUAGCGUGGCCCUUGUUCUUACGAUAACCUUCCCAGAUAUUGGCAACAAUUGGUUCUGGAUUACCAUCUUAAGUCCACUAGCGGGUGCAUAUUACUGGACCCGAGCAUCCAGAAAGGAGCAGAUUAAGGUUAAAAUGAUGGUUGCAGAUGAUGGAACCUUAUCUGAGAUUAUCGUUCAAGGCGAUGAUCAACAAGUGGAACAAAUGAGGAAGGACCUCCAAUUGAGCGAAAAAGGCAUGGUUUAUGUCAAAGGCAUCUUCGAAACUUGACUUGCUUAGGCACGCCGCUGAAUCUGUGUGUCGGAUCCAACGUUUUGAUUUCAGUGUUCAACCAGCCAGCUGACAAUUUUGAGAUGCUGCUAGUCUUUGUACACCACUUAAACUAACUGAAAUAUUUAUGACCAUGGUUUCCCUAGUUAAAAGAAUGUCAUCUAACUCUA